ACUGCCCCCUAUUGUCCAGGAGAGUAAAGCUCCAGGACAAGUAAAUGUAAUGUAUUUUUUGUCACAUCAACUAGCAGUGGCAAAAAAAUGAAGAAGAAAUGUAAACACAAAGGAUAAUUUUUGGACUAAACUGACAAAGAAAAUUUUAAUACAGUGGCAAAUUGUGGGUUCAAUGGAGUAAAAAAAAAAAUCUUCCCUGCGAGCUCCUCCAUUGGUCGAGCCUGCUGUCAAUCACUCGCAGUCUCCGCCCCCCGUCAUGUGACAGAUGUUUUCGUUGACGCUUCCGCGUCCACAGCUUUUUCGCUCUGUCACGUGUGUGUCCGGAAGUCAGGCGAACCGGGUCAAGCAGUAAUUGUCCUAACCGAGUCCAGGAAUCCCCAGCGGGCCGUCUGGAGCCCCCCGCCGCCUGACAGAGUCCUCUUUGCGGGGUAGUUUGGGAAGGCUCCGGCGGCGGCCAUGGCGGACGGAGAACGGUCGCCGCUCCUGUCCGACCAACACGACGGACACAACGGGUUCUCUCCCGGCGAAACCUCCCCGGGAUUUCUGUCGAAACCACAAAGUUUAGCGCCUUUCCCCGGCUCGGUGGUGUCCGGAGAGCCGCCCCCUCCGUACUCGCCUCAGGGCAGCCCGGACAGCGGCACCGCGGCGUUCAUCAGCUGCCGGGUCUGUCAGAGCUCCAUAUCCGUGGAAGGCAAGGCGCACCAACACGUGGUGAAGUGCAACAUCUGCAGUGAAGCUACGCCGAUCAAGAACGCUCCCGUUGGGAAGAAGUACGUCCGCUGUCCGUGCAACUGCCUGCUGAUCUGUAAAGUCACGUCGCAGAGGAUCGCGUGUCCGAGGCCGUACUGCAAGCGCAUCAUCAACCUGGGACCGGUUCACGUUGGCCGGGACAGUCCUGAACCGCAGCAUCAGCCUGUCGGCAUCCGGGUCACCUGUGGCCACUGCUACAACACCUUCCUGUGGGCAGAGUUUUCAGACCGGACCUUGGCCCGAUGUCCCCACUGCAGAAAAGUGUCCUCCAUUGGACGUCGGUACCCCAGGAGGAGGAGCUGGCUGUGCUUCCUGCUGUUCGUCAUCAUCACAGCUUCCACAGCAGGACUGCUGGUUGGAACGUGGAAGCAGGCCCGGGUCUCCAAAGGCAUCUACGCGGCGUGGGUUCUGUCCAUCGUGUUCUGUCUGCUCGCUCUGUUGAGGACCAUCUACUGGAGCUGCCUGAAGAUCAGCGACCCCGUCAGCAACGUGACGUAGAGACGGACGACGGACUGCAUUUAGAAGGAAAACCAACACUUCCUGAUGUUCACAGGAAACAGUCUGGAAGAUUUUUAAACCAACAACAGAGGCAAAAAAACUACUGAUUACUAAAAAAAAAACAAAAAACUUUAUAAUCAAUCACUGAAAUGUCAUAUUUUUAGCUGCCAAAAAAUGACUAAAUCUUGUGGAAAGAACCGUCAUCUUUACAAAGGUUAAACAGUUCCUGCAGAGUUUGAUCCAAGAUGGUCGCCGUGUAAAUAAAUGUUCUCAUCGGAGUGUAAAUAAGAUGAAAUUAUACCGACGGAGGAAAAACUUGAACGUGAGAAAUGUAGGAAAAUGGAAUUUGAAGUUUGAUUUUUCUUCUUCUUUUGUGUCAAUAUGGAGGAUUAAGAAAUGACUGGAUUAUUGAGUUUUAAAGAAAUGUUUCAUCUGAAUUAAUCAAACUAAAUCGAGUGUUUUUGUCAACAUUUUCACUGUUGUUGAGUUUUCGUCCCCCUAGUGGCCGGUCCCUGUAACUACCCGCCCACUGUGAAGUAAGUUGCACUGAAGAUGUUCGAAUGUUUCUUCGUUUCUUCGAUAUUUUUCUGGUGGAUGGAUUUUUCUGUAUAUUGUGAAAGAAAGUUGUACUUUUAAUAUGAA